CUCCCAUAUUCCUUUCCCACACGUGCGUUUCAGAUCCCACUAAGCAUCAGGAAUCGAUAAUCCAGAAGGUUCGUCGUCCGGAAUGUUUUUCCGAUCAACUUCACCGGAGUUUUCUUUUAGCCGAUCUUCAUCAAUAUUUUCAUUUUCAUUGAAAUCUUGUUCAUCAGGUUUGAAUUCCCCCAUAUUCUUCCUCCUCUCCGACCUCGUUUCUGGUAUCGAAAUCUUUUGCCCCUUUCUUCACUCUCAUCUUCAUAAUCGGUCAUCACCUUCGUGAAAGCAGGAUCCCAGUUCCCGGUUUCCUCUGUUACCCAUUUUGGAUACAUUUUACAUUAACCCAUGCAAUACGAUCGUAACUGAUUUCUUGUCAUUGAGCAUAUCGAAUGGAAAUAUCAUCUACUCCUUACGCUUCAAGUCCUUGUUUCAAAUUUCACAUUUCAGACAACUGAUUUCUUCCACUUUUGCUCACAACAUCUUUAAAUGAUCUUUCUCCCCACAUUGGUGCAUAGUUUGAUUAUGGAAUAUUUGAGAUGAAUUUAAAAUCUGAUUAUUUUCAACCAUCAAAAGGCGUGAAGGAGACACCCUUCCAUCUUCUCCAAGAUACAAUCAAGAAACGCAGUUGUUAAGAAAUGUUCUAUACCAACCUCACAAAAGGUCAAUUUGAAGAUUGGAUUAUCAAUUCAGUUAUCCUCGUUCGACAUUCUUGUUCAUGGCAGAUCAACAUUCUGACGAACAUGUGAAUACAUCUAAUGUUGAUGUUAAAAGUUCAGAACCAAAAACUGUGGCAGAUCAACAUUCUGAUGAAAGUUUGAAAUCAAAAGCAGAUAAACAUUCAGAUGAUGAAGGUGCAACCACGAGUAAUGUUACUGUUGAAAGUUCUGGAUCAACAGUGGAGAUUAAUAUCAAGACGCUAGAUUCACAGUUACACAGCUUUCAUGUCGACAGAAAUAUGCCAGUUUCAUUAUUCAAGGAAAAGAUAGCUGGUGAAGUUGGCCUUGCAGUGGAACACCAGCGACUGAUCUUUAGAGGCAAAGUGUUGAAAGAUGAAGAUCUUCUUUCUGAAUAUCACGUUGAAAAUGACACAUUUCCAACUCAUAGCAAUACAGAUGCUAAUUCUAUUGGUGGGCAUGCUUCCCACAAUGUAGUAAAUGGGACAUUUGGUGGUAGGGAUCAAAAUGAAAGUGGUAGUCCAGAUAUAACUCAGGUGAUUGGGGCAGUUUUGAAUUCCUUUGGGGUAGGGGGUCAAACCCCCGUUGGUGUAUCACAACCAAAUAUGCAGUUUAGCAUUCCCAUGCAAGUUACCCAAGGAAAUGAAAGAAAUCCUAGUCCUAGUCAAUCACCAGCACUCGUACCCACAAUUACUACACCAAUUCCUGAUUCUUUAAACACAAUUUCUGAGUUUAUGAACCAUAUGGAGCAAGCAUUAUCACAAAAUGGGCAUCACCCAUCAGAUAGUAGUGCAGCAGAAUUGCCUUCUAAUGCUCGUGGCUUACCAUCACCAGCAGCUUUGGCAGUUGUUAUGAGACAUGCACAACGUCUUCUCAAUGGACCCGCUGUUCAUUCUCUAUCUAAAACAGCAACACGGCUGGAGGAAGAAGAAGGUUCUACUGAUGAUGUCACAGUGAGAACCCAAAUCCAAUCAGAAGCCAUGCAGUCUGGGCUUGCAAUGCAACAUUUAGGUGCUCUUUUGCUAGAGCUUGGUCGUACAAUGCUCACAUUGCAUAUUGGAGAGUCUCCCGCUGAAUCUUCUGUAAACCCCGGGCCAGCUGUUUAUAUAUCUCCAUCAGCUCCUAAUCCUAUAAUGGUUCAGCCCUUUCCUCUACAAACCAAUUCUCUAUUUGAUAGUCAUGCAAAUGCAAAUGCAAAUCCUGGGGCGUAUAGUCCUAUUGGAAUUGGGGGUAUCCCAAGGCAUAUUAACAUACAUAUUCAUGCUGGAGUAGGUCCAAGGGGAACUAAUGUUGAAUCAUCAAAUCAAGCAAAUGUUGAUCUUCCACAGGCUCCAAUGGAUACACAAGGUGCUGAAAAUGUUGUUUCAAGUAGCACGAGGAUGAAACCUUUAAGUGAAACAGAAGGUGCUUCAUCAUCCAGCGGGAGGACUAGUACUCCUACAAAUGCUUCUGCCAUUCCUAUUGGACUUGGCUCAGGAGGUUUACAACAUAAGAGGCCACAUUGGCCAACAAGAUCAGAGAUUGUUGGUAGUGGCCAAUCAGAUCCAGCUGCAACAAUGAAUCAAGUUAUGCAAGAUCCUGCUUUAUCUGGUUUACUAUCAGGGCUUUCAAAUCAAAACGGGAAUAAUUCUCAAGAUUUCUUUAAGAAUAUAAUGAAUCAAGUUUCUCAAAACCCUGCAAUGAUGAACACCAUUAAUCAACUUGCUCAACAGAUGGAUGGUAAUCAAGAUGUAGCUGGCAUGCGUAGUGGGCCCAGGAGUGGCAAUCUUGAUAUAUCAAGUAUGGUUCAACAUAUGAUGCCAUUUGUCUCUCAAGCUCUUAAUCAUGGGAGUUCAAGUUCAAAUAUGCUUCAACCCACUCCAUCAAGGAAAGGUGGUGCUCUUAAUAGACGUUACAGCAGUGUGAAGAGUUUGAACACUAAUGAAAGAUCAAGUGAUUUUAAGAUGAAUCUAGAACAUGUAGCCCAGAAAAUCGUGGAUCAAUACCCACCUCUAGAAAUCUUCUCAUCACUAGUUGAAACUGCUUCUGGUUUAUACAACAGUGCAUAUGAUACAGGUGCACUUGAUGAGUUAUGUUCAGAAGAGGAGUUGGCUCAGGAAUUUAUGGAGAUGUUGAAACGUGAUAUUUCUAGAAGACUUCAAGGAGAUAGACGAUGAUCAUUGCUUUUUUGUUUUGGUUACUUUUUACUAUUUUACAAUGGAAAUGGUUUUUUUUGGGUUGCUCGUUUUUUUAUUCUUUAAUUUCUAUUGAAUUCAAGCAAUUGGUUAAAGCAUGUAAAGCAAUCAAGAAGAGUAAUCUCUUUUUU